CGAGUUUAGGCAAAGCGCGACGUAGCAAGAAUGUACACCCGAAACUUCAUAAUCCCAUCGAUAAGGAACCAUUAUAAUUUUAUAUAAUUGUAGCUUGUACUGUAGUAUUUUAAUUUAAUAGUUUCUAGGUAUUCAGGUACUCCGAUAUCAUUAUCUAUACUAUUUUUCAAAUGAAAACGCACCGGGCGGCAGACAAAAACCGGUCGAAACGCGCGCACGUCCUCCCCACUCCCGACAAUUUCAGCUGUCGUUAAUGGUACCACCUUGUGUACACAGUGAGUUGUAUUAACACAACACUUGACGGACGCUCGUACGUGUAAAACGAUAUAUUCUGUUGUUUUUUAUGUGCUCAGUCAAUUUAUUGUAUUUUGGUAUCAAUUUAUGCGUUUAAAUUAUUUUUUUUGUCGUGCACCGCUUAUUCAGCGACACUAUGGAUGACCAGAUAAUUGUCAUACCAACUAAGAAAAAUCCAAAGGGAAAGUUUGUUUCAUCAAGUCAGAAACUUAUGAUUAUCAACGCCUACAAGAUGGAGUUGAAAAACAAUCCGAAAAUUUCGAUCAGGGAAUGUCGGAUAACUCUUUUCAAACAACUUGGCAUUGGGCAACGAACAAUUUCGAGCACUAUAAGUGAGUACAAUACCUCAAAAACUGUAACGUCUCCAAACAGAAAACGCUGUAAGAAAUCGUUUAAAGACGCGUUCGACGAUUUACAUCGAAACACUGUGCGUCGUCAUGUACACUCCUUUUGGUUCAACAAAACGGUUUCUACAUUGGCCAAAAUAUACAGAGUUGUGAAAGACGACGAUAGCUUACCUUGUAUUUCAGAAACAAAUUUAUAUCGUCUUUUAAUAAACAUGGAUUUCGAAUAUACCAAACGAGCCCGAAAUAGUGCCGUUGUCGAAAAAGACGAAAUAGUUGUAUGGCGGCAACAGUACCUGGAGGAUAUACAAAAAUAUCGCGAAGAAGGGAGACAUCUGUACUACUUGGACGAAACUUGGGUCAAUGCCGGAGAAUGUACCAACAAAAUAUGGGUAUACAAGACCGUUAAAUCAUGCCAUGAUGCUUUUGUUCGGGGCCUAACAUCGGGAGCGAAAAAUCCAACCGGGAGAGGCAAACGACUGAUUAUUUUGCACAUAGGAUAGGAAGACGGAUUUGUACCAGGUGGACUCCUAUGUUUUGAAUCAAAAAAAAACACAAAUGAUUACAAUAAUGAGAUGAAUGGUGACACAUUUUCAGAAUGGAUGCAAAGUAUAUUACCGCGACUAAAAGAAAACUGUGUCAUCAUUAUGGAUAACGUAUCAUAUCAUUCUGUGAAACGGACAAAAUACCUUCCACCUCAACCAGAAAGGCGGACAUAAUUAAAUGAUUGGAAGAAAAAGGUCAAGUAAUCGAAAAGCCUAUGGUAAUUCCUCGACUACUUAAAAUGGUAGAGAAAAUCAGACUAAUGCACGAAAAAUACGUUAUAGACGAAAUGGCCAAAGAACACAACCGCACCAUCUUAAGACUCCCGCCAUAUCAUUGUGAGCUAAAUCCGAUAGAGCUAGGUGGUUUGGUCAUCAGUCAAACACCACGUCAAAAUAAAUAUUACCAGCUACAAAUUAGGUGAUGUAAAAAACUUGUUGUUGGAAGGUAUCGAACGAGUAGAUGCCAAUAUGUGGAAAAAUUUCAUUAGUCAUACCAAGAAAAUUGAAAAAAAAUUUUACGACAUGGAUUUCAUUGUUGACGAAAUGCUGUCCGCAGAAGUAGAACCUGUCAUCAUUAAUAUUGGUAAUUCCUCUACCGAGUUUGAGU